AUGAAUGAAAGUUGGGUGGAACCUUAUCAUGGUUGCGAAGCUGGUUCGAGCAAUGAAGAAGCAACCAACAUGAAUGUUGAAGAUAGCGGAGCCGAUGUGAAAAAAGAAAUGGUUGACGAUGCUCAUGGCAAUGACAUGGUUGGUGAUAUUGAACGUGCUAUUCUAGAACAAAAAUUUGAUUCGGUCGAAGAUGGAGAAGCUUUCUACAAUGCGUAUGCUAAAGCCAAGGGAUUUAGUAUACAAAAAUCCAGAUUUAACACAAAUAAAGAGGGAAAGGUUGUUAGUAGACUGUGGUUGUGUUCAAGGGAAGGUCAGAGAUUACCAAUAUACUUGGACCGUGUUGUUGAGAAGAGUAGAGCUCCCAAGGCACUAAUAAGAGUAGGUUGCAAAGCCCAAUUUCGCAUACGGUACGAUGCAGAUGCUAGUGAAGGGGGAAAGUAUGUUGUGACUCACUUCAUCGCAGACCACAACCAUGAAUUGGCAGAACCACUCUGUGUGAUGUAUCUGAGGUCACAUUGCAGGUUAAACAGCGCUGACAAAUCUCAAGCAAUGGCUAUGCGCAAUGUUGGUGUGAAGACUAGCCAAAUCAUAGACUACAUGGUAAAUCAAUCCGGGUCUUAUGAGAAUGUUAGUUUCGUCCAUUCAAAAUCGCAGGGCGACUACGCAAAGUUUGGUAAUGUGUUGAUAUUUGACUCAACUUACAGAACCAAUGCAUACAAGAAGCCUUUUGUCAUGUUGGCUGGUGUGACUAGCCACUUUAGGACCACGAUAUUUGCAUGUGUUUUGCUAGCUAAUGAGACAAUUGAGACAUACACAUGGGUUUUGGAAACAUUUAUGGAGGCGAUGGGCAAUAAAGCAUCUGUGUCCGUACUGACAGAUGGGAAUAAGGCGAUGCGAGAGGCAAUCAGAAGAGUAUUUCCAGACGCAAGACAUCAAUUAUGUAAUUGGCGUCUUGGGAAAAAUACUGUUUCAAAUGUUCACAUAAGUGGCUUUGCACAUGCUUUCAAGCAGUGUAUGGACAUGGAAAUGGAUGAGACAAAGUUUGAGCAUGGCUGGACGACAAUGGUCGAAAAAUUUGGACUUCAAACCAACAGUUGGGUGUUGGAGACAUAUGAGAAGCUUCAUAUGUGGGCUGAGGCAUAUAUGCGUGGACAUUUCUUUGCUGGGACGAAGAGCACUCAGCACUCGGAGUGUAUGAAUGCUUAUUUCAAUCCCUUCCUCCAACACAAAUUGAAGCUAUAUGAAUUUGUUAGGCACUAUGAUCGGGCUCUUGCAAGGAUAAGGUAUAACGAGGCUGGAGAUGAUGCUGAAACAAAUAACACUUUUCCGACGGCUCGGUAUGGGAUAUUGAGUUCUUCCUACAACGAAAUGUGUUUCUAUGCCUCGCAAUCAACAGAAGGUUUCAAAGAGGCUAGGGAUGCAUGUCUUCCGUUGACGAGUCGGAUGAAGGAGUUAUAUGAGAGGAAUCUGAACGAUGGGAAUGGAGACAAAGGGAAACAUUCAUUCCCUCGACAAUUUGGAGUAAAAGAUCCUGAUGCUGUGAAGACAAAAGGGAACCCGGGACGAGCCUCGUCCAACUGUCGAAGACUAAGAAAAUGUGGGAAUUGCAAAUGCAUUGGGCACACAAAGCGAACGUGUCCUAAGGUUCGGUUUAGCCGAACAGUGGGUACUAACAUAGAUGUAGAUACACCCCACAUAACUGACUGUGAGUACAAUGCGGAGUCAUUGCCCGUUCACUGCAAAGGUGGAUCCAAGUACACCGCACAUUAA